AAAAAAGACUUUGUUAAAAAAGGUAUGGUUAGUGUUUUUUAAUGUUCUUUCCCAAGUGCCAUCCUUCACUGUAUUGUAUCUCAUCUUUUCGGAGUUAUUCAACCGCUUAGAGAAGAAUAGCUUUCACUCACUAGCCUGACCUGGGCGGCGUUGGUGGCAUUGAGGUAAACAAGAGCUUUAUUACAUAAAUGAUUUAUUGUAGAAGUCAUCAGAGAGAAUCACAACUCAAUGCACCUAAUCGUCUUGAGUGCUUGAAUUAGGAUGAAGGAUGCGGAUUAUAGCAGCACUCAAUAGAUUUGACAAUCAUUUUGGGCAUUAUUGCGUAUCUUAUAUAAAUAGCUAUAGCUCUUAUCUUUGAGACAUUCCCUCUUUAUUGCAGAGCACGAUGAGAUGUCACUUUAAUAUGGAUAAGAUACUUUUUUAUUUGUGUGGUACUUACUAAAGCAUUUUUCAAAUUUGAAUAAAAAUGCGAACUUCAUUUUUAACAUUAAAAUCUAGAGCAGUAUCAUCAGCAUAUUUUGCGAUCGCCUUAGCAAUAAUAGGGAAAUCGCAUUUUAAAUGUAAAAAUAUCGCAUUGAUCAUUCACAUUAUAAGAACUUUGGCAUUUUUUUGUAAUCGUAAUUACGGUAAUUACUGAAUCAUGUGUCCUCUAUAUUUAAUUUUCUAAAAGUAAAAUAAUAAGCUACAAAAUUUGUGCCAAAAACCCAAGCCUUGCUUUAAAGUGGCACACAAAUAACAUACAAAAUUAUAACUUAUUAGAUAGACUUUUGAAUUAAAUUAAUGUCACGCUAGUUUCUUUAAAUUGAUUACAAAAUUUGAAUUCCUUUAAAAAAUAAAGGAAUGCAAAAAAACCUAUGUUCCGUCCUCUUGAAGCCUGAAAAGGAUACAGUCCCUAUAAUGUAGCGGCGCAAAAAUUUUGUUAACCACAAUGUGAAUGGAAAAUAACAUUGUAAGCUGAAAAUAUAAGAUUCAUUCAAUUAGUACAUUUGAGUCAAUAUUGCAUAAGAAAAUAUUUUAUAUUAAACCACAAAAAAUAAGCUCAAAAUUCGAUGUGCAAAUCAGUGAUUUUAAUUAACUUGAUUCAAAUAGGAAAGGUUCAAGAAAACGUUGGAUGGUUAAGUGUUAUAUAAUUUAAAUAUGUUCUGCAUACCAUGCGCGCACAGACAGUUACAUCAUGAAUCUAUUGUUUCAAAUCAUGCCAUUGCUAAAUUGCUAUAUUAUGUGUACUUUUUAUGAGAAUUUCGACCUAAUCUCCCUUCCCUUUUUGUGACGUAUUUAUUUGCUGGCAAUUUACCUGCAAUUCCGUUCCGACGUGCUUGCCACGUAUAGUAAAUAGCUAAUAUUCAUCACAUUACUCAUCACAGUAACAGCGAAAAACGUGAAACGCAAAUCAAAGCAAUACUUGUUGGAAGAGGCCAAUUUAAUAUUCAACCGCCUGAAGAGCAUCCGCUUUUCUCGGAAAAUAUUUUCGCUCCGCAUUGGAAAUACGUUUUUUCUUUUGCAAACUGGCAGGAAACCUAUUGGACGCGUGACAACCCCAUCAUUAAUUGAAAUCGGUCAAAAGUGAGAAUGUACCCGCUCGCGCUCGCUGUGGCCACUUUUGUAGCAGCGGACUUUUCCAGCAAGAAUGCCACCAACCAUAGUUUACUCCGUUAUCCAAUUCACAAAGAUGAUUUUGAACCCUCACUAGACAAGACGCUUCACAAACUUGAAAAGCGCAGUCCACGCAGAACUGUCAUCGUAAUUACUAAACAAAAAAGACGAUUCCAAAUUAUCAAGUGCUGCGGUAUGGUGCGGUGCUCUAAGACGAGCAAAAACUCUACAAGGUUUCUCAAAACAACAAAGACAAACCAAAAGCCACCGAAACCAAAAAUCACGGCUCCUGGAGGAGGAACUUUUCCCCCCGCCGGGAAAGAGCCACCGAACGCAUUGGAUCCUCUGGAUCCAGCAAAUCUUUCAAAUCCUUCAGACCCUGUGGAUCCGUCGAAUCCUGAGGAACCAUCAAAUUCUAAAACUCCGUCAAGUCCUGAAGAUCCAUCAAACAGCCCUAAUCCGGAAGAUCCAAUGAAUCCAGAAGUGCAGAACCCAUUAAAUCAAACGGACCCUUUCAACCCGAUAAUAGAUCCUAAAAAUCCUGCUAAUCCGUUGAAAACAGACCCUUUGAACCCUGGCGGGUCAGAUCCUCCUUCAACUGCUGGUCCUAACUCGCCAAAUCUUGCCAGUUCUAAUAGCCCUUCAAACACUGUAGGGAUGGAUCCAAAAGCUACCGAGGGUGCUGGCCUUGAAAGUACGAUCACUGCAGCUGGAGGAACGUCUUCGCAAGGCGUAACCAAUACUAGUCCUCGUCAAAUCACCUCUACUCUGGCUCCGGGUGCAACAACUGUUGUCCAGGGAGCUUCAACGGUUAUUUCAGGUGCUACGACUGUUACUCCUGGUGGCGCAGAUACAACUCCAACUCCAGCACUAGGCACCAGAAGUACAAUGCCAGGGCCUGGUGCAACAAACACGACGACUCUACCGUCCGAUCAAACUCCACCAACUACGACUCCUCCACGUCCACCCUGCUUUGAAAGCAAAUCAAAUUACACUCUUUCCACCGAGAAGCAAACAUGGGCUAACGCAAGAUUGGAGUGCCAGAAGAAAGGCAUGGACCUUGUAAACAUGGAAACCACGGAAGAAAAUACCUGCGUUAAAUUCAUAAUUGAAAAUGCCAAACAAACAGCGACUCCGUUUUGGCAAGCACUCAACAAAAUCGGCCUACCAAGCUACUCUCAGUGGCUGAGCGGACAGUCACUCACCUACACCGAUUGGAAUUCUGGCGCCCCUGCGAAGAUUGACACUGAAGACUGCUCUUUGAUUUCCGGAGGAAAGUGGAUUGGAGCCUCUUGCACAGACACCUACAACUACGUUUGCGAAACACCCCAGCCAUUCGACAUGUGCACAAACGAGCAACCGGUUGAAAUAUCGAGUACAAAGUUGUCUUUUGACGAUGCAAGGGCGGAAUGUCAGAGGAAGAAAAUGGAUCUGGUUAGCCUGGAGACUCGAGAUCAGAACACAUGCUUCCAAAAGCAGCUCACCAUGCUUGGGCUCGCCAGGGAACCCGUUUAUAUCGGUUUAACAAUGACUGGAAAUACGAACUACACGACUUGGGUUAACGCAAAACCUUUACUCUAUCUCGACUGGGCAGCAGGCAACCCAGCCCAGUUUGGCACCGAAAAAUGCGUGCAAGCCAACAAUUUCCAUUGGUUUGAUGUUGCUUGCACUGAACCCUUGAGAUAUGCCUGCGAAGAUGCAGUUGUUCUUGACCCUUGUUUCAGCAUGACAACAAAACACGUUCUUUCAAACGACACGGCAUCGUGGGCAGUAGCGAGAUUAAACUGCAAAAAACUUGGAAUGGAACUGACUUCUAUGGAAACACCGCAGGAAAAUAUCUGUGUCAAGUCCAUUUUAAAGUCUGCAGGCAUAACGGCGGCUGAUCGCGUGUGGCACUCUUUGAAUAUGUUUGGACAGCCGAAUUAUGACUCUUGGAACAACGGAGAGCCACUGACUUACAAUGACUGGGCGCCAGGAAAUCCAGCGCAGAUACCCUGGGAGAGCUGUGGAGCUUUCGAGUACGGGAGAUGGGGAGACGUUCCAUGCUCUUGGAAGUUGCGAUAUGUUUGUGAAUCUGCACAAAUUGACCCUUGCGAUCCUGAUCAAUUCGUUGCAUCCACUUCUGUGCUCACUUUUGACGCGGCAGUUAUUGAGUGCAGAAAAAACGGGAUGGCUUUGUCAGUACCUGAGACCAGAGAGGAAAACAUUUGCAUUCAGCGUUUACUUGACGAGAAAGGUUUGACAAACAACUUCGUUUGGAACGGUCUGAACAAGAAAGGCGCGAGCAAUUACACCAAGUGGUAUAAUGAAGCACCGCUGACUUAUCUGGAUUGGAACAGAGGCGAACCAGCGCAGUUCCCUCAUGAGCAGUGUGGAAUGCAUUUCUUCGCCCAUUGGUACGAUUUGCCCUGCGAAUUAUCAGCUUAUUACGUCUGUGAAAAGACAAUUGUUAUCGACCCCUGCAAAGGACUGCCUUCCACAUACAAAGUUUCGACCGACACAAAGACCUGGGGUGGCGCAAGAGCCGAGUGCAAAAAGCAGGGCGGAGAUCUGGUCAGCAUCGACAGCGCGAAGGAGCACGCUUGCGUCAAGGACAAAAUCGACUUGGCCGGAAAAACUACAAGCAUCGUUUUCCACGGUCUAAAUAAAAUGGGCUGGAGCAACUAUACGUCAUUGUACAGCGGAAGUACGCCGACUGCGACUUAUUGGAAAUCUGGGGAACCAGCGCAAUUUAAGACGGAACAUUGCUCUGCGUACAAAGACGGUGCCUGGAUGGACGUCGAUUGUAAAGGAUCGAACGCUUACGUUUGCGAAUCCCCAGCACCUAUCGACGUCUGCUCAAAAUACAGUUUCUCAGUAUCUACUGAAGCGAGAGUGUAUGACGAUGCGCGGUUCGAAUGCUUAAAAAAGAACAUGACGAUUGUGGAUUUGGACAACCCCUCUAAAAGCAUGUGCUUGCAACAGUACAUCGCGGGACUGGAGUUGUCGUCCACGCCACUCACAAUCGGUCUCGACAAGAGAAGAACCCUCAAUCAUACAAAGUGGUCCAACGGCGAACUUCUGACUUUCACGGACUGGGACGUCAACAACCCUGAGGCAUUUGCCAGCGAACAUUGCGCUGUUGCCUUAAACCAUCACUGGCAUGACUCGCCCUGCGGAGUAGCCUACAGAUAUGUGUGCGAGGACGACUACAAAGACCCAUGUGCAGAUUUUUCCACUUACACGAUUGUCACAAACAACAACAAAAAUUGGGUAUUUGCAUCAGACGAGUGCAAGAAACUGGGCGGAGAUCUUGUGUCCAUGGAGACGCCAGAGGAGAAUUUUUGCGUCAGAUAUAAAAUAUAUCUGGCUGGGAAAAAGGACGAGCGGAUGUGGCAUUCUUUGAGCAAGUUGGGCACAGUUUACUUUAAGCAAUGGGCAAACGGCGAGCCACUCACCUACAGUGACUUUGUCCCAGGCUACAAUUUGAAGUCUUGGACUGGAGAGCAUUGCGGUGGAUUCGAAAGUGGCAUUUGGGGGGACAUUCCCUGUACCUGGGAGAUCCCGUACGUUUGCGAAUCGAAUCCAAGCCCCAAAGAAAUUUGCAUAAACGGUCAAUUUGAGGUUUACGCCAUGCGAGUCAAUUACGCCACUUCAUUGCAGAGAUGCAACGAGAGCGGAACUGCUCUCGCGAAUAUGGAAACCGUAACAGAAAAUAUUUGCGUUCAAAGAGCGAUUCUGAGGAAAGGUGCUUACAAUAACUGGGUGUAUGCGGGAUUGAACAAAAUCGGUCAGACCAACUACACGAAGUGGGAGAAUGGUGCCGCUCUCACUUACAGCGGCUUCCCACCUGGCGAGCCAGCAGCGUUUCUUUAUGAAAAUUGCAUUUUCAACACGCAAGUUUUAAUUUCUUGUGGUUGUCUCAAAAAACUUUUUUUUUCAUUUUAGAGAAGGCCAGUGGUAUGAUAUUAGCUGCGAUUUUGGAAACUACUAUGUUUGCGAGAAAACUGUGUAAAGCAGGUCGUUAUAUUGAUGAAAAUAACAAUAUUUUCAA